UUGUAUCUUUCAGCCGGCUUUCGUUUUGUCGGGCGCCGGCAAUUCGCAAAUCGGACCACGCGCCCGCCAUUUUGUAAUACAAGCGUUUGUGGAUAGGUGUUGGACGUGCUCUUGCUUUGUGUGAACUUAAGAAAUUAUUAAACUAAUAGAUCGUAACGCAACAAAUCAUCAAAAUGGUAGCGCAAACCAAAGUGUUUGUGGGGAGCUUGCCCCAAGGCUCAAAACCGGAGGACUUGAGGAAGCUUUUCGAAAGGUUUGGAGCCGUGACCGAAUGCGACAUAAUGAACAGAUGCGGAUUUGUUCACAUGCAAACCGAAGACCAAGCGUCAGCAGCCAUUCGCGCCUUACACAAUACCACUUUCAAUGGUGGCGUCAUCGCCGUGGAGCGAGGAAGGAUCAAGGAGCGUGGCCAGCGAGGCGGCGGGGGCGGCGGCCGAGGUGGAAUGCGAGGGGGCAUGAGGGACCGACGCGGAGGAGGGCCCAUGCGCGGAGGACCUCCGAGGGAUGCGCCUUACCCUAUGAGGGACUCGCGGCCGAUGGGGCCCAUGCGCGGCGGAGACAUGAGAGGCCCGCCCAUGGGUGGCAUGGGUAUGAGAAACGGCAUGGGUGGCGGAGCGCCCUACGACCGGGGAAUGGAUCGGGCACCGAUGCCCGGCUACGAUGACAGAUACAAUGGCUACGGUGAAGACAGACGCGGUUUCGCACUGAUGGACGGCCGCGGAGCGAGAGACCAGUAUGGAGCGCCUCCUCCCAUGUACCCGGACGACAGGCGAGGCUACGGAGCCGUGGAUGAAAUGGCGCCGAUGUAUCCCGAUGAUAGACGUGCGCCGCCCAUGUACCCCGACGAAAGAGACAUGAUGGACAGGCGGGGAGGUAUGCGAGGUGGACCCAUGCCCAUGGCUGCAGGAUAUGAUAGAGCACCACCAAGGCCCGCACCAAUGGGCAACGGAGAUAUGUAUAGUCGAAGAACUCCUCCACCAAUGCGUGGUGGGGGGGCAGCCGGAGGAUAUGACCGGGAUCCUUAUGCUCAACAAUAUGCGCCCAUGGGCCGCGCGUGUGCGGGCGGCGGCGGCGCAGGCGCAGGGCGCGGGCCGCGCACCAACAAAAACUGUAUAGCGCUCGUCUAGCGCCUUCAGCGACACUAGCGCCGCUUCCUUCCACGAGUCGCACUCACUCGCAAUCGCUCCACGGCACCCUCGGAUUCCGUACCGAAUCAUGUAAAUCUCGAUCAUCGACGAGCCAGUAGAUGGCGCUACUACGCUGCUGCAAGUCGUAUUACCAAGUAACUACAUAGAACGAUAACGGACUUUUGUAACGCCCUAACAUAUGUAUUUCAAUUCUUGUAUAUUAGACUGCGCCACUCCCAUAUUUUGUGAACAGACUGACAGAAUAAGUGAAUUACGCCAUCUAGUGAUUUUUAUUAUUAUUUGUGGUAUUAAAUCUAUUUAAAUCGGCAAUCAAAUCUGUACGUGACGCGAGACGCCUCGCGCUCUGAGCGAUAAUCUUGAAUUGUAUAAGGUAUUAAGAUAUAAGAUUUAGAUUAAACAAUUUGUUUUAAA